AUGUUGGCACACUGGUGGAUAACGGCAUGGUGGAUAACGGCAUGUUCGUUUCCUUGGGCAGUUUGUGCGUCAGCCUGGAGCCAGCGAACAGGAAGUGAUGACCGGCAACCGAUAUGUCUCGCCCGAGACUGGAGAGAGGUCGAAGCUGGGUUUAUCCAAAGGCCAAUCUGUGUUGAAACACGGUGGGACAGGAAGACAACCGGUAAUCCGACAUCGUACACCCAAAAGACUACUACCGAGCUGAGCUCAGUCACCGUCUCGGCAGAGAACGCUCAACCAUCACCACCGGGCCGCGAAGCAGACCAGGAGCUCGACACCGAUUCCCCGCUCGACAAUGCGAAUUUUCUCUCAUUUGAGGACUGGAAGAAGCAAAAUCUGGCCAAGGCAGGUCAGUCGGCGGAGAAUGUUGGUGGACAUCGGCGGGCUGGGGCCGCGGGAAAAGACCGCCGUCGGCCAACGGGGAUCAACAAUGCUCUUGAUUCCCUUGGUGACGAUGGCGAGAUUGAGCUUGACUUUGGCGGCUUUGGAGCCGAUGCGGCGGAAGCGACGAGGCCUACUCCCGCCUGGGGCGCACAUGUUGUUUCGGACGGAGCAGAUGCGGCGCAAAGCCUGGAUGCGGGCCGUGAGGGUGCUGUCGAUGCAGCUGGGCAAGUAGUGCCUCAUUCGGGUGGGCCGCGCUCGAAGGAUGCUGGGACGACCUGCAAAGAGCGCUUCAACUACGCGUCUUUCGAUUGCGCCGCAACGGUGCUCAAGACAAACCCUCAAGCGAAGGGGUCAUCGUCUGUUCUGAUCGAGAAUAAAGACAGCUACAUGUUGAACGAGUGUCGCGCGGAGAAUAAGUUCCUAAUUCUUGAGCUUUGCGAUGACAUUCUGGUCGACACGGUCGUCUUGGCCAAUUAUGAGUUCUUCAGCUCGAUAUUUCAUACUUUCCGAGUUAGUGUUUCGGAUCGUUAUCCAGCAAAACCGGACCAGUGGAAGGAGUUAGGCGUUUUUGAGGCGCGGAACACUCGCGAGGUGCAGGCUUUCGCGGUCACGAAUCCCCUCAUUUGGGCUAGAUACCUACGGAUUGAGUUUUUGACGCACUACGGACACGAGUGGUUCUGCCCUAUUAGUUUGAUACGGGUCCACGGCACUACAAUGAUGGAAGAGUACAAACAUGAUGGGGAGGCGAACCGGGUAGAAGAGGAAAUAGCUGAAGAAGUACCGGGAUCAGCUUCAGAGGCCGAUCCCACCGCAAAGGCAGAAGGUACCCCACCGUCGGCGUCCCCACCCCCGCUUUAUGCAGGCAACGUUGAGGUGUCGUCUUUUGUUUCGGGAGCCUGUCCCAAUCUCGAGACAGCUGUUCAGUUGGUCCUUUUGGGUCUCUGGGAUUUCAACGUCUGCAGUACUUGGGAGGCCCCCUCGGGGCCUACCGCAUCUGGUGGAAGUGCUCCAGCACCCAACCAGGCUUCUCCCAAUAUGGGCACGCGUUCGACAGGCGAUACUCCUGCAGCCAAUGUUGCUUCUCCAGAGAUCGUGGAUACUAAAGCCCCGAUUCCCGAUCCCAACGCUCAGUCUUUAGCAGACUAUGCCUCUCCCGGAGCUACAUCCGACGUAGCUCCUCAGAAUGUGACCUCUGAAUCCGACACGCGAUCUUCUGGCGGUUCUAAAGAUGAGCAAGUCGCCGACUCUACACGAGCGACGACUACACAGCCACCUUCAGCGAACCCCACAACACAGGAGUCGUUCUUCAAGUCGGUCAACAAACGUCUUCAAAUGUUAGAGACUAACUCGAGCUUGUCUCUGCAGUAUAUUGAAGACCAAUCGCGUAUUCUACGGGAUGCAUUUAAUAAGGUCGAAAAACGGCAGCUGGCAAAAACGACGACGUUCCUGGAAAACCUCAAUGUGACGGUAGUCAGCGAGCUGAAGCAAUUUCGUGAACAAUACGAUCAAGCUUGGAGAAGCGUGGCACUGGAGUUUGAACACCAACGGAUCCAGUACCAUCAGGAGAUUCAGUCCAUAAACAACCAGCUGGGAGUACUUGCAGAUGAGCUGGUCUUCCAGAAGCGGGUAGCGGUGGUUCAGAGUAUUAUGGUGCUUAUUUGUUUUGCGCUUGUGCUCUUUACUCGUGGCACUGUUGGUGGCUACAUCGAAUUCCCUAGUGUACAGAACAUGGUCUCGCGGUCGUACAGCCUACGGUCUUCAUCCCCAACAUUCGGGUCUGCAAUGGAAAGUCCUGCGUCGCCACGAGCAGCCUCAUCCUACCGUCGCGCAGCCAGUCACCGACGGCAGAUAUCGGAGGACUCGCAGGGUGGAUCACUCAGCCCAACGAUUGCGUAUGCGCCGCCGACUCCAACGUCGGAUGAUUCGAGCUUACAGCAGGAGACACGGGGUCCUCCUCUGCCCUCGUCUGCUCCUCAGUUGCACAGAUCGAAUAGUAGCCCGGCGGAUCUAAAGGGGAAGAAUGAAGGAGAGGAUGAGGAAGGCUCUGAAGGGCUGGAAUCCGAGUCCUCGCAUUCCGACUCGGAGAGGUUGUGA